UACAGACAGAUGACAGCUGUAAAAGAAGCUCAGUGUUUACAGGGAAACGCAUGCAAAUCCAUGCUUAUUGUUUCAUGCUUUGUACAGAAAUGGAUGACUUUGAGCAGGAAGGCAUAAAUGAGGAACUGAUUGAAUUUGCCAUUCGAGAGAGCAUUCAAGAGGCCCACAAGCUGCCAUGUUCCUCGCAGACCAACAGGAAAGAAACAAACAGUGAAGACGUUAUGAAGAUAAUGUCUGCCAUCCGCAAAGGUGAUGUGUCUGCGCUACAGGAGCUGUCAGCAUGUGUGUCUGCCUUCAGAGAGGCCGACAGCAGGGGCUGGCUGCCGCUGCACGCAGCGGCUGUACAGCCACAGUGGGAGAUCCUGCAUCUGGUGCUGCAGGUAGUGUUGACAUCCACAGACCUGAACCUGGAGGAGCAGACGGAGGAUGGGGACACGGCUCUGACUCUGGCGGCGGAGGCCGGCCUGGUGGAAAACGUCCGGAUGCUGCUGCAGCACGAAGCCUCCCCACACAACACCAACAGCAGGAACGAGUCUCCGCUGCUCAUUGCAGUGAGACAGAAAUCAUACGACAUGGUUUCAUCCCUCAUCAUGAGUGGCGCCUUUGUGGAGCAGGUGUGUCUCACUAAGUGGACGGCCACCCAUGAAGCUGCGAAGGUGGGUUGUCCAGCUAUUCUGAUUCUGCUGCUUCGACACGGGGCCAAAGUCACUGCCCAAGACAGACAAGGGGUGACGCCUCUGGGAAUUGCAGCCGAAUACGGCAACACUGAAGCUUUGAACAUACUCAUUCUGCAUGGUGGGGAUGUGAAUGCCCAGGCCAUUAAUGGAGACACAGUCCUGUAUGAUGGAACUGGAUCUGGAAACCUGGACUGUAUCAAUCUGCUCCUGCAGCAUGGAGCCAACCCAAAUGUGGCCAGCUAUGCCUGCCAGCUGCCCAUCCACAGAGCUGCAUAUGAAGGACACAUACUAGCCCUGAGGACUCUCAUCCCCCUCACCACAAAGAAAGCUAUCCGUCUCACAGGUCAGAGCCCCGUACACUCAGCAGCUGACGGGGGACAGGUUGAGUGUCUGAGGCUGCUCAUACAGAAAGGAUAUGAUGUCAACGCCCUGCUGCAUACACACAUCUCUGAGAACUACGGGGACCUCAGGAAGACCCCUCUGUACUUUGCUGUUUCCAACGGUGAUGUGACCUGUGCUGAGAUGCUGCUGGCAGCCGGAGCAAGAACUGACCUGGACCCGCUACCAUGCAUCCUGGUCGCUAUCCGAGCUGAGAGCUAUGAACUAGUGCAGAUGAUGCUGUCCUAUGGAGCGGAGGUGAAUUGUUACUUCAGAGUGGUCAGUAACACAGUGUUCCCCACAGCCCUACAGUACUGCCUCAGGGACCAUGUCAUGCUGCGACUACUGCUCAACAGUGGAUAUCAAGCUUACAAGUGUUUCCAGUGUUACCAUAGUAACAGUGAAGAAAUGGAUAGUACCCGGACUGACCUCCAUAACCAAGACCAAAUUUACUGUCAACCUAACGUCAUCGCAUUCUGUGACUUUGUGUCAGUGUCGUGGCUGGCACAUCUGGCGGGCAAUGUGGUGAGGAUGCUCCUGGACUACGUCAGCCAUGUCAGCAUCUGUCCCAACCUAAACCGCAUCCUGGAGAGGAGGCCAGAGUGGGAUGAGAUAUCUGACAUACUGAGCAAGCCACAGUCUCUGCAGCACUUGUGUCGACUGGUCAUCAGAGGUCGCAUGAGCCUCAAGACGCUGAAUGACCCUGAAGCCAUGGCUGCUGUUCCUUUUCCUCCAAGACUGAAGAACUACCUGACCUACAGAGAGCAUGACCUGUACGGUGACCUCUCCUCUACGUGAAACACAUUUCAUUUAUGCCUAUUUGACUAAAACACUCAUAAUGAAAAAGCACACUUAAAUAUUUGCUAGCUGGAAUAUAUUUUUUAUUUCAUGUGUUUUAUAUGAGCCAGAGAGUCUUGAUUAGUAGUGUGUGACUGUGACUUUGACCCAUCUUGUGAACAGUUACCCUCAUGUGUCACCAAAGGAAGAGGAAUAUCUCCUCACAAGUUCAAACAGUUAGAAUGUCUCUUUUCUUUAGGGAUCUACCUAUUUAGUAUGAACAUGUCAUGUCCCUUGGCUACAUUAAAAUUGGGAGAGUCAGCUAUGAAAUCCAUCCUAAUUUAUCCCUAAACAGAUGCAGUAUAUAAUGGCUUUGACAAAAACAGUUAACAAUUCUGUGUUCUUUUGUUCACUUUGUGUAUUAUCUAU